CAUUUUGUGUGCCUUUUAGUUUCAAUUGAUUCGUUCCUGAGCAGACUUCGGUGGCUUAAAAACAUCGCAUUGUUUUGUUACUGCGAUUUAAGCAAUCAUGUUUGAUGUAUUCGGGUCCGUGAAGGGCCUAUUAAAGCUCGAUCAAGUAUGCAUAGACAACAAUAUAUUUCGACUACAUUACAAAGCUACAGUGAUCAUACUCAUAGCGUUCUCGCUCUUAGUGACAUCUAGACAAUAUAUCGGUGACCCGAUAGAUUGCAUCGUUGAUGAAAUUCCUUUGAAUGUGAUGGAUACCUACUGUUGGAUCUAUUCCACAUUCACGAUCCCCAAUAGACUAACAGGAGUAGCUGGAAAAGAUAUUGUUCAGCCAGGUGUAUCAAAUCAUGUUGAUGGUGAAGACGAAGUUAAAUAUCACAAAUACUAUCAGUGGGUUUGCUUCGUCUUGUUCUUUCAAGCAAUGUUGUUUUAUAUUCCACGAUAUUUGUGGAAAACAUGGGAAGGAGGAAGAAUUAAAAUGCUCGUGUUGGACUUGAAUUGUCCCGUUGUCAAUGAAGAAUGCAAAGAUGAGCGCAAGAAGAUUUUGGUGGACUACUUUGUGGACAAUCUUAAUCGACAUAAUUUCUAUGCUUUCCGGUUUUUCAUUUGUGAAGCAUUAAAUUUCAUCAAUGUUGUAGGACAAAUUUACUUCAUGGACUUCUUCCUGGAUGGUGAAUUCUCAACUUAUGGCAGUGACGUCGUCAAAUUUACAGAAAUGGAACCUGAAGAGCGUGCUGAUCCUAUGGCUAGAGUGUUCCCGAAAGUUACAAAGUGCACAUUCCACAAAUAUGGUCCAUCUGGUAGUGUUCAAAAGUUCGAUGGUCUUUGUGUCUUACCUUUGAAUAUUGUUAAUGAGAAAAUUUACGUAUUUUUGUGGUUCUGGUUCAUCAGCUUAUCCAUUGUAAGUGGAAUUUCAUUGGCUUAUCGUGCCGCUGUAGUCAUCUGGCCCAACGUUAGAUUGUACUUGUUACGCGCUCGAUCUCGUUUGUCAAGCCAUAAUGAUGUCGAAAACAUUGCUGAAAAGUGCCAAAUUGGCGACUGGUUUGUUUUGUACCAGUUGGGGAAAAACAUCGACCCCUUAAUUUAUAAAGAGAUUAUCGGUGAUCUUUCGGCAAAAUUGGAUGGAAAAGAAGUAGUCUAGGAAAGAACAUUGCGUUCAUUUUUAUUUUUGCUAAAUAUUUGAAUAUCUGAUAUACGUUGUCAGCCUAUUCGCAUUUAUUGUCUGAUUAAAGUAUUUUCGUAUUAGGUGAUUUUACGUCGAUAUGCAGCACGUAAUUACUUUAAGUAAGCCAUUAUACAAAAAAAUCUUACAAUUAAGUUAAAUUUCAAUCUGUCUAGGAUAAGCCAUUCAAAUAUUUUUUCUUGGUAGCCGUUUUAUAACACUGUAAUGAUCGCACAUUCAACAUUCCAAUGUACAACGCCAAUAAAUUAAAAAAGACAAUAACAAAAAGACAAACUUUAUUGGGAUAAUGACUACGUAACUGAUAGCUCUUGAUAUUUUUUUAUAAAUAAUUUUAAGGACUUUUACAAAAAAAAAAAUAGAUUUAAAAAAAGAAAGAGCUUUUUUAAUAAAGAUGCUUUUAUCCUCUUAGCACAAAAUUAAGACAAAUAGAUUUUUUAUAUUUACUAUGUGAAUAUAAACUGGAGAAGACUUUGAUGUUUAUGUGCAAACCUUCCAGAAACAUGAUACAAUCUUUUAAAAUAUACAAUUUGACGUAACAAUAAAAAUUAUAAACGAACAAAGUGCGAUUAUAUUU